AUGGAGAUAAGGGAAGUACCUGAUAUGUUAGCUGAUGAACUUAGACUUAUGGAUGAAGACCCAGAAGAUGUGGUGGAUGACUACUAUGAUUGUCUCUAUGACCUUAUUCCCACAGAAUCUGAGAAGAAUAUGGCUGGACCCUCAAAGCUUCCUGAUGAAAAUGAUGAGGAGUGUAUUGAGGUACCACACCCUCCUGCAGGCAAGGUGAUUAGGAUGGAUAAAACAGUAUAUGAAAGAUGGAGGAGAGAAUUUGGAGCUGAGGAUAUGGAUGGGGAUAUGGAUAUGGAUUCAGAUAUGUCAGAUGGAUCAGGGAACAUUUUUGCACCCUUUGCGUCAGAGCUAGACUGGAGGGUUGCUUGCUGGGCUAUACAGGAUGGAAUAGGCCAUAUAUCAUUUGAUACAUUAAUGACAAUACCAGGGGUGACGGAUAAAUUAGGUCUAUCCUACCAUAACAUAUAUGGGCUCCAUAAGCUGGUUGAUUGUGUUCCAGAAUAUGCUACUUGGAAAACUAGAGAAUUGUGGUUCAGGAAUAGUCCUCAGCAUAAGCAUAUGGUUUAUCAUCGUGAUUUUAUUGAAGCUAUCAAGUCCUUGCUAGGAAAUCCAGCUCAUGCCAAGGUCAUUGUCUACAGGCCCAAGCGCAUCUUCACCAAUGCUUCAAAAUCUCACAGGAUUUACAAUGAGAUGUGGGCCAGAGAUUGGUGGAACACAGCACAGGCAGGUGGCAUGAAUCUAAAUGUGUCACCGCUGCACAUGAUUGUGGGAAUGAAGCCCCAUCUUGGACACUUAUCACAUGAUCAUUUAGAAGUUUCUAGAAAAAUGACAUCAUCAGCUGAGUAA